AACGGAACGGCCGACCAGGGGUCGGCGGGGCCGUAAGCACCGCUCACUCCUCGCUGCAACCCCCAUUACUUCCUUGCCUGAGGGGCCAGUGCCCAGCGACGCCUCCACUUACCCUCUGCGAAGUGCACCCUUUUUCUCUGCUUGUCUGGCUCCUGGGGCAAAACUUUUCCUCUUUGUAAUGCCCGAGACUUCCUAUUCAGAGAUUUAAACUGAAAUACAGUCCAGCCCUGACGGCAUCGUUGUCCUCAUGGAACCACAAGGGUUUAUGAACAUUCUGGCAUAUCUUGUCCAACAACGGAGUAUUUGGAAAAAUAUCCAAAGUAUGGCGAUGUUCUUCCACCUCAGAGUCUUAAACCCAAGCAAGAAUUUCAAGCACACCGUGGUAAAAUGGAAGGAAUAACUACAUUUAAGUCAGAUUAUCGUCCUUAUGAACUUGUCAAACAGACUCGCCACGUACCAGAAGAAUAUAAACCCAAACAGGGGAAAAUUGAUCUUGGUACUACCUACAAACAAGAUUUUAAUCCUUUCGAAGUACAGCCUGUGGUAAAAGUCCGUCCUGUGGAAAGACAACAAGUUGAAAAAGGAAAGUUGGACACUGUCCCAACUUAUAAAGAUGAUUAUAGAUCUUGGGAUAUUCAGAAAUGUGAACUGUGUAAACCAGAGCAAGUUUACCAUCCCCCAGAUGUGAAAUUCGGAAAUUCAACUACAUUUCAGGAUGACUAUGUUCCCCGAGAGAUAAAGCCUAGGCAAAGCUUUAAGCCCUGCUCUGGGGUCAAGUGUUCUGUAGGCCCCUUUAAUGGUGAGACAAGUCAUCGUCGAGAUUUUGUACCUCACCAGCUAGAAGUCAUGUUUGCAAGGCCAAAAGAAGUUUAUAAGCCUACUGACCAGCCUUUUGAGGAUCUCACCACUCACCGGAACGACUUUCAGGGUUUUGCUGGAGAAACUGCAAAAAUCUGCAGACCUGCCUACACAAGAGUAACCCAAAACACUCAAUUUAAAGGAAGCACUGAAUUCCGUGACAGUUUCCAACCAUGGGAAAUUCCACCACCUAAAGUCAAGAAAUUAGCAGAGUAUGUGCCCCCUCCAGGAAGCAUGCAGUUAAACAGCACCAGCCAUCUUGACUAUGUUCCCUAUCAGGCCAGCCGUGUUGUUGCCAUCAGGCCCAUUUCUCACAGAAGAAAAAGCAAUUUUCCUUUCCAAGGAAAAAGCACCAUGAAGGAAGAUUUUCCAGUGUGGGAAAGUUGUCAUCAAGGACUUAUUAAGCAGCAGCAACAGAUUCCCAAUCCGUCUGGAAAAUUUGAUGGCUUGAGCACUUUCAGAUCUCACUUUGUGCCACAUGAAUUAAUUCCAACAGAGAGCUGCAGACCUUUGAAUGCUGCUGUUAAGAGUUCGGUUCCACUUGAUGAUGUUACCAUGUAUUCUAUACAGUACACCCCGAAGAAACGGGAAAUCUGCCCAGCUAGCUAUCCUUCUCCUCCAGGUUAUGUAUUUGAAAAUACAAAUUCCCAAGGACAUAAAUUCUUUCGCAAGAUCAUUCCUGCAAUGAAGGCCUUUUAGUAAUCAAAUAAUUUUAAAAGAAAGCUAAUGAGAGUUCAGUUUUUUAAGAGAAAACCCAAAUUUUACAGUGAAAAAUUAUUAGAGUUAUAUCAUUUUUAGCUUUUUAAACAAGUUGGGACAUAUAGAUCAGAAUUCCCAAAUCCAUUUCAUACUAAUGGUUUAAGCCAAGAAUGUUCUUUGUUGUUCUUAUUUUUUGAUUUUUGAACCAGGGCCUCCUUUGUCUCUCCAUGCUAGCCUGGAACCUGCAGUCUACCAGUGUCAGUCUCCUGAUUCAAGACUGUUCUUCAAUGGACAUUACUGAAGGCUAAAUGAUGUGCAUGCUCAUCUACAUAUGUCUGUUAUCAUUUAUACUUCUUUUUAUAAUUACACAAUUAUACAGCUACUCUAUGUUAGUUACCAGAUACAUUGGGACUCUCUAGAACUAAAUGGAAGGUGAGACAUGAAUUUCUCUUCCAAAAAGUCCAGGAUUUACUCUUUUAUUCAUUCAUUCAUUUAUUCAUUCAUUCAACGUAUUUACAGAGCAUUGAACAAGUCGAGUUUGGUUGGUGAUGUCAGAAACUACUUCUCUGCUCCUUGCCAUGUUCAGCAUAGUAAGAGACAUUAUUAUUUGAAAAGGAAAGGUCCUCUGGUCUGGGAAUCAGAGGACCAGAGUUCAACUACUAAUAUAAUCAGUUUCUGUUAAUGCCACUGUAAGCAAACUGCUCACAUACAUACCAUUGUGAUUCGUGUGUAAAAAAUAUUGGUCCUGUGUACCUCACAAAAGUUUGUUGGGAGCAUUAAAUCAUGUAAAACAUUUGAAUGCAUAAAGUACACAAGAAAGGUGUGAUUAACUAGCUAUCAGCUACUUUUCGUACUUACUUUUUUCCUUUUCAAAUAAGGAUAAUUACAGACUUAAUACUCAUUACCUGCUCUACAGCAAAGAUUAUAAAAUAACUUUUGAGUUUAUGAGUAAUAUGCAUUUGUGAGAGGCAUCUGCCCUCUACAGAGUCACAGGCACCCUAUAAAUUAUGGCAGAGAAUAGAGAAUUGAGAUUAAAUACUUUGGUGUGAAUGGCUACAUUUUCAAAAGGAAAAAUAUUUGCUAGGGCAGUUUUAGGGAACAUUUUCAGCUAUGACAAAAUCUUCAGGAGAAACAGGUACCUAUGCAUUCAGUGGCCAUACCCAGAGUCACUGUUCACUAGUAAGAGCUGUAACUACCUUGUUCACCACUGAAAGUUUAAGGAUAAGUGCUAAGAAGGAAGGGGAAGAGAUGCCAAUGAGGGACACGGAAAUAGCAUACUACACUUAUAAAUGCUGAAAGUUUCUAGAGAGCUAAGAUCAAGUAAUUAUUUUAAUAAGUGAUCAUACGUAGGAAAACAUGAUUGACUUUAAAAUGAAUUUUAAUGUUUUCAUAGUUGUUUAAGAAUAUGUAGUAUUUUAUGAAGUAUUUCUAAUUAAUUGAAAGGAAUUCCCAAUAUUUGCAUUUGUUAUAAAUACAUAAUGUUUGAAAAUUGUUUUAUGUGUAAUUAAUAAAAUGGAUUGGUUUUCAUGAAGUCAUUUCUGUAUUUUAGCUGAUAUUGAACUUCCAAAUAAAUUCCUAUCUGGAAAAGCCUAUA